GAGACACGCACUGUUGUCCCUCGUUUUUGUUCCCUUCACAACCCUUGAAAAGCACAGAGUCCCUCUCCUUCUCCACAUCCUUACCUCAUUCCCUUCCUCCUUCCAAUGGAUAGACCAGUGCAAGAGACGAUGCUUUUGUGCUUAGCGGACGACACGGAAUCGACAAACCCGAUCAAAGAGGUGGAUUUCUUCUCCCAGAACCGACGGCAAGAUGUCGCCGAAGGCCGUCAAGGAGACGCGGAAGACUCGCCGGCUCAUGGAGCCACCUACGUUCACACUGGGUUAGAUCUUCUGACAGUGAAUUCUCAGGCCAGCAAAGAGGAGAAGAAACCCAAAAACAAGUUAACUACGCUUCGGAUCGAGCUAAUCCGAGUACGCGACGAGAACCGGAGACUAAGAAGCAUGAUGGAUCAGCUCACGCAAAGUUACACUGCCCUGCAGUGUCAGCUUCUUCAAGUAAUGCGACAACGAGAACACGAGAUCCGCCAUACACAGGUUGGCAAGAUGUGUGUGUCCGUGCCAGAAGGAGAAUCAUCAGCACACCAAUUUAUGCAACCUCAUCCAACUCGCAUGUGGUCGAUCAAUGGAAACUCCAAGGACGACGACGACGACAGGGAACACUCAUCUUCGCUCAACAUAAGCUCUAACGAUCACAGCAUCAUUCCUUCUGCAGAAAGAGUCGAUGUUUUCUCGGAGGGUAACAAUGGCCCCAUGCCAAUGCAAGAAUCAAGCUGCGCUGAUACGUCAUCUGAUCUCCCACGCCGGAGAGCAAGAGUCUCGGUGCGUGCUCGAUCGAAUGCACGAAUGAUCGGUGAUGGGUGUCAAUGGAGGAAGUAUGGUCAGAAGAUGGCCAAGGGAAAUCCUUGUCCACGGGCCUACUAUCGCUGUACUAUGGCCGUCGGAUGCCCAGUUAGAAAGCAGGUGCAGAGAUGUGCAGAGGACAAGACACUGCUCGUAGCCACCUACGAAGGCAACCACAACCAUCCCCUCCCGCCCGCCGCCAAAGCGUUGGCGAGCACCACGUCGGCGGCCGCGGCCAUGCUGCUCUCCGGCUCCACCGGCAGCGAGGGCUUUCUGCACCCCUUUCCCCAUGCUUCCACCAUGGCGCCGCUGUCCGCGUUCCCCACCGUCGCCCUCGACCUGACGCAGUCCGUGAACCCGCUCCAGCAGCUGCCGCAGGCGCACCCUGCGGCCGUGCCGCUCGCCAUGCCUCUCUUCAUGCACGGCCACCCGCAGAAGCCGCCGCAGGCGUUGCAGUUGGGUCUGCAGCGCGGCGCGAUGGUCGACACUGUGACCGCUGCCAUCACGACUGAUCCAAAUUUCGCCGCAGCCUUGGCCGCCGCUGUCACGUCCAUCAUGGGAUCGGCUCCGGCAAGUGCAGCCGGUGCCUCUUCUGGGCCUCACGUCGUGCCGGGAUCUCCUCAGCUUCCCAAGUCCUGCACCACCUUCUCUACUAAUUAGAGGUUCCCCCAUUGUCAUCUACAGCUCAACGCAAGUCCAGUGGACUUAUCAGUGUUUCAUUCAACAGAGCAAGACCAUAGUUUUAGACAAGGAAAAAGGAACAAUAUAAACAGAUAUCCAUCAAUCUAUAUACUACAUAGACAUCAAUUUAUA